GCCAUGAAGACCAUAAAGGAUGUGUUCAAGGAUUGAUAUACUAAUUGGUGCAGACCAAGGCAUGGUGGUGGGGUUACUUACGUAACCGCAUAAGCGCGUAAUGGGCCUCAUCUACUGUAGCAUGGACACAUUAAGGGGCGCCGCUAACAAUACCCGCACUGUAGCCCUUGCUGCUUUACUAGCGUGUGCUGCGCACACGUCUUACAGCUAAUGGCCUGCGAUAACCGCUAGCGCAUAAGGUGCAAGAGGGUGCUAAUUCAAAUUGUUGUUCUGUUGCUCUUAACUUCGUCAGAAAUGAGCGAGGAAUUUAUUAGUCCCGGGAAGUACGCUGUCGACAGCAUGUCGCAGCGCGUAGACAUCCCUCUUCCGUCCAGCAAAUCUCCAGGCUGCCUUCGCAAAACCGUUACGCUCGAAGUUACUGUGACGUAUCCAUCAAAUGUGACAAAGGGUUCGGAGACGCCCUUCCCGGUUGUCGCAUGGUUCAAUGGGCUCAUGUCCAAGUCUGCCUGGUACGGCAGCAUCGUGCGCCACGUGGCCUCCUGGGGCUACGUCGUACUGCAGUACAAAAACAUGAACCCUCUCCUGCCAGUCGCUGAUGAGCUGGCCUACCUGCCGCCGCUGCUGCAGUGGCUGUCAGCCCAGUCGGCAGGCAACGCCGGCAGCACCGCCGACCGCCUCCCCGCCAACCCGCUGCUCGGACUCGCAGACACCUCCCGCCUGGCCACCAUGGGACACAGCUGGGGCGGAGCUCUUGCCGUACUGCACUACUUGGGCGCCAGUACGGUAAACGUGGCAACUGCCGUACUGGUCGACCCGCAGGACUGGACGAACAACGCGGCGGUCAAGGCGCUGACGGGCACCAAUCGUACUGCGGCUGUUGUAGGGUCGGGCAUCACGGGGCCCACCAACCCUGCCGCUCAGAACUUCCGUCACUUCUUUCCCGAACUUGCCCCGGGCAGCUGGCAGCUGGUGAUCAAGCAGGCGGGUCACCUGUCUUUCCUCAACACCGGUUCCUCUGUGCUGGAUAAAACCCUGGAUCUGGUUGCCAAGAUCGGCAAGAUCUCACGACCGGAGGUUUCCCGCACCGCCGCCUCCCUGUCGGUUGCCUGGCUGCAAUCCACCUUCCGCGCCCACACCUCGCAGCACGGCCUGCAGCGGUACGCGGAGUGGCUGAGGCAGCAGCAGGCGCAGGGCGCGGUGGAGUGGACCGUGACGUCGCCUUGAGCGCGAGCAGGAGCAGGGCCCAUGCUAACUGAAACCCGACAACUUUGCAUGUUCGCCCCCCACAGCUCAUCUUGAUCUUAGAGCGGUCCGGCUCCCUUUUCAUGUUGACGGGUUUUCUACGCGCGGCUCUUUGACUAGUUAGGGUUUGCUGGCACACGAGGGCUAGCGGGCUAUCGUUGUUGCCAUGCGAUCACGAACUGCAAUUACAUAUACCGCACUGUGCGCUUUUCACUUAACCAGUAUAGCGUUGCUCGAAACUGUGGGCACAUGUGAGCUCGAACCUAAUCUCGUAGGCGGGGUGCUUUGAAAAGGAAUUCGUUGUGCGUGGGAAUUGCGGGCUUGCAGUUUUCUUCGUAUUUGUGUCUUUGCGUGACCGGUUGCUUGCCGUACUACAACAUAUACUGUCGUGCGCAUCUAGUAAUUGAUGUCGGUGAUGGUUGUGCGCAUGUUGGGGCGCAGUAAGGGCGCGUUCGUAUCUGUGACAGGAGAAUGGAGAGUACUAGUAGUUCUGCCCUAUUUCCCUAAGCUCUUAUGCAAUUGCUUCCCUUCCAAGGGAUACUGCCGUGCAUUGCAGUACAGGCGGCUUGGCGUACCGUUACUAUGCAUCCGCAUACGGCUAUUGCUAGGCGGCCUAAGAGAAGAGGCACGUACAUGUCAGGGAGAGGGAACCUUACACGGGCAAGGAUUGCCAACGGGUACCGGUGGUUCGAACCACGACUGAAGCCCCCUGCGCAGCAUCCAUCGAUUAAAGUCUAGAGCACC